AUGUCACCGCGCCGGGACAGCGUCGUCGACGUCACCGAUGGCACCAAUACAGUCACACCCGCUCCAGGCGAACCCGCUUCGCCGUCCCGCGCGAGCAGCGCGGACGGCAGUAGUUUCCAAGCGAGCGGGUUUCACGGUCAGGGGGAAGGGCACUCAGCGCACGAGGGAUACGACGGGUACGAUAGUCACGGGGGGCACGGGGGGAACGGGGGACAAGUCUCCGCUCCGCAGCUUCCGCCACCGCCCGGACGAUCCGCGUUCGAGAAAGCGCUUUCAAUCCGCUACCCCGUUGCGCAGCGGGGCGAAGCGAGUAGUGACAGUAUCGGGGCCGGGAGCAUGUCACCUAAAACUCCCCAGGCGGUCGCUUCUGCGACUAUACCGGAAGCGGAGAACGAGGGGGUUUCGUCUAUUGAGGAGAGCGACGCGGGAAUGGGCAGCACUCGAAUGUCGGAAGAGGUGUCCAGCCGACACGGAGGGAAGGCUGGCGGAGCGGCAGCGGCGGGUUGGGUUGGCGGGGCGUUCGUAGGCGCGGCUAUCGGGGGAAGGGUUGGCGGAAGCCAGGUUGGCGGAAGUCAGGUGGCGCCGUAUCCGGAAGGGGAGGAGGGGGAAGCGCUCGACAAGGCGGCCGUGAUUCAGUCGGUGAUGAUGGUAACGGGCGUCGCCACCACGCUCCACGUGCUGCUGGGCACGCGGCUACCCCUCGUGCAGGGCUCCUCUCUCGUGUAUUUGGCACCGGCUAUCAUUAUCGCCAACUCGCCGCAAAACCUCAGCGCCGAUCCCUCCCAGCGGUUUUCAUUGACAAUGCGGGAGACGAUGGGGGCAGUGAUCGUGGCCUCGCUGCUGCAAGUCGUUGCCGGCUACUCUGGCUUCAUGUCGCUCCUCAUAGAGCUGAUCAACCCAGUGGUAGUAGCCCCAACCAUAAUGGCCGUCGGUCUCUCAUUCCUCGCCUACGGCUUCCCUGUCAUUGGCCGCUGCGUCGCCAUCGGCCUACCAGAGCUCAUCCUGAUCAUCAUAUUUGCGCUGUACCUGCGCCGAGUGUCGUUCUGGGGCUCAAGGUUCUUCCAGAUCCACGCGAUCUCCCUAGGGUUGGCAAUCACAUGGCUCUACGCCCUAGUGCUCACCCUAGCAGGCGUCUACAGCUACCCCGACUGCUCGCCCUCGGCCAUCUACCCCUCCUCCUCCCCCUGCGCCGAGAAGCAAGUCCUCAUGAACUCCUGCCGCACCGACGCCUCCAGUGUUCUGUCGGAUGCCAAGUGGGUGGCUCCCCCGUACCCGUUUCAGUACGGCAUGCCCAUCUUCCGAUGGGAGUCCAUUUGCGUCAUGCUGCUGCCGGCCCUGAUUUCGACCAUCGACUCGGUCAGCAACUACCACGCAACCUCCCUGCUGGUAGCCGUGCGGCCCCCGACAGGCGGGGUGGUGGGGCGAGGAAUAGGCAUGGAGGGCAUAGCGAGCGUGCUGGCGGGGAUGUGGGGCACGGGGGGUGGCGCCACCACUCUCACUGAGAACAUUCACCUGGUUGCGGUUACCAGAAUGGGGUCGCGCGUUAUCAUCAUCGUCGGGGCGGCGUUCCUCGUCUUCUUCUCGCUGUUUGGCAAGGUGGGAGCUCUCUUUGCCUCCAUGCCACCAGUCAUGGUCGGCGGCCUCCUCACCAUAAUGGCAGCCAUGGCAGCAUCGCUCGGCCUCUCCUCGCUGCGCUACGCCGAGAUGGGCUCCUCGCGCAACCUCCUCAUCACUGGAUUGGCGCUCUUCUUGUCUCUGUCCGUCCCGGAUUAUUUCAAGACGUAUACGGCUUCGACCGGUCAUGGGCCAAUCAACACGUCUAGCUCGGGGCUCAACUUUGUGCUCAACUCGCUGCUCGCCCUCCCCAUGGCCAUCGCCUUCAUGACUGCUUUCUUCCUUGACAACACUGUACCUGGCACGGCCACCGAACGAGGCCUCUACGUCUGGUCCGGACGUAAGGCGGCUCGGGCCGAUCCUCUCAUGCACGAGGACUAUGACCUGCCGUUCGGCUUGAGCAGAUUCUUCUCCUGGGUGUUCUGGCUGGGCGUGUGA